GGCAGCUGAGGAGAUAAAGGUGUUGGGACCGCUGUGGCUUGCACCUCCCCCCUUCCUCUCCUUUCAGUCCCCCCCCUUCGGGGGGGGACUUUUUCUCCCUCUGGCUCUCUCUGUCUGCGUUGACACGUCUGUGCUUCCCUCUGACCUGGCCUAGAAAAGGCUCAGCCCCUGGGAGAUGCUCUAAGAGACAGCGUCCUGAGAGCCCUGAGAGGCAGGAGGAUUCGGUUGGCACAGCCGGCUCCGCUGGAAGGAGGAAGAUGGGCUCCCGAGCACCAGGAUUCAUUCUGGGAUGCUGCGUGUUGCUGGCCAUCGCCUGGGGCCCGGUCCUGAGCCUUGUGCCACGCACUCAGGAGGAACAGCCGGAGUGGGAAGAGACAGAGGAGCUGACGUCUCCUCUGGGCCAUGUGAAGGGGGAUGAAGAAACACAGAAGCACAGCCCUCACCAGGGUGAGGACCUCCCCACAUCUCGGUGCUAUCGAUGCUGUGACCCGGGCAUUCCUGUGUACCAGACAAUCCCACCGCCCCAGAUCAACAUUACCAUCCUGAAAGGUGAGAAAGGUGACCGAGGUGACCGAGGCCUCCAGGGGAAAGUUGGUAAAACAGGCUCUGCAGGCCUGAGGGGCCACAUUGGCCCUAAAGGGCAGAAGGGAUCCCUAGGGGCUCCCGGAGACCCCUGCAAGAAAGUCUACGCGGCCUUCUCUGUGGGCCGCAAGAAGGACCUGCACAGUAACGACUACUUCCAGCCCGUGGUCUUCGACACGGAGUUUGUGAACCUUUACAAACACUUCAAUAUGUUCACGGGCAAGUUCUACUGCUAUGUGCCCGGCAUCUACUUCUUCAGCCUCAACGUGCACACGUGGAACCAGAAGGAGACGUAUCUUCACAUCAUGAAGAACGAGGAGGAGAUGGUGAUCCUAUACGCACAGGUGAGUGACCGGAGCAUCAUGCAGAGCCAGAGCCUCAUGCUGGACCUGCGUGAGAAGGACGAGGUGUGGGUGCGCCUCUUCAAGGGCGAGCGAGAGAACGCCAUCUUCAGCGACGAGUUCGACACGUACAUCACCUUCAGCGGCUACCUGGUCAAGCCAGCCUCUGAGCCCUAGUGGCCGCCCUCUGUGGUGUUUCCACGAACUGCCGACCUUCUUGCCUCUCACCCCUGCCCAUCCCUGCAUUCCUCGGACACCGGAGUCCUGCCCCAGGCUGACCCCGUCAUCCCUCGGUCCUGGCUUUCUUGGCCUCGGCUCCCUCAGUUUUGGUUUUUGACAAGAAUUCCCUUGGCCACUGGGAAGCCCAGAGGACCUCGUGGUCCCGAUCUGGCUGCUGCUCUAAAGCAGAGAGCUGCCGGCUGAUGAAGUCACUGGGCGGGGUGCCUGCGAGGACUUUGGGGGACCUCCAGCUCCUGCUGUGUACACAGCCUCAGACAACCCUCCUGCGGCCACCGGGUGUUCCAGAACAUAACCCCAUGUAUUCCCACUCCGGGCUUCUUAGGAACGAAGUAAAGCAGAAAAGAGAAAGGAAAAGGGUGUUAGUUUUGGCUUUCCAGCCAGCUGGCUCUCAGAGCAAGGGGAGGGGGAGCCAGAGCACUGUCUGUACCGGGGAAAGCGCGUCAGAGACUCCCCCCCCCAAUGGGUCUAAAGGGAAGCAUGAAGGCAGCAGAGGAGCUGCAGUUUAUGGGUUUGGAAACCACAUCUGACUUGACUCUAGGUCACAGAUGAGAUUUCUUGGGGACAGCGGGACUGACCUCUGAACUCUGUUGACUCUCUAUACAGCCUUGCUCAGGGGACUGUCAGUCUUCUCAAGCCACAGUAGUGGAAGGGUUGGGGGCUUGGGGGGGGACGGCAGCUGUUCCCAGAGGGACAGCUAGGCUGCCUGUGGUCAGCUCUGGGCUGGUGGCAGCGUCCUGCUUGCGCCGGCUCACAGGCUCCUGACAGUGGCUGGGGACCUCAGGGACUCCGGAACCUACGGGCUUCUCUCUAAGAAAUAAAGCUCCCGCUACGUGCCAGUGCGUCUCUGCUUUGCUCUGCUCCCCAGGCCCCUCUGGAAGCCAGGGCGGGCUCUUUUGCCUGUUGUGGCGUCUGCUCCCUGCUCCUCCUUCCAGAUGGAUUGGCCAUGGGAGGCACCAGGCCUUUGAUUCAGGUUCUACCAAGCUGCCCCCACCAUGCCCAGUGCCCUGCUUUCUCCCCAAUUCAGUGAACUGUCUGGGUAUUGAUGUGUCUGCCUGCAGGCCCACCUCACAGGACCACCCAGGCCUGACAGCCCUAGCCAGCCUGUGGCAAUGUGGGAGGGCCCUCUCUGUGUCCCAGAGCCAGUGGGAGAGCUGUAAAAAGCUAGACUGUAUAUCCUAUUUCUGGGUCAACCCUGAAGUGGGAGAAGAGGAAACAGGAAAUACACAUCACCCCCUCACACUCAGGGAUGGCUUCAGGGCUGAUUCUCUGAUCUCAGAGAACUUGCUUCCUCUCCCCAUCUCAUCCAGUGCCGAUCCUCAGGGCCUGGGCCAAUAGAUAUCUGCUUUGUGCCAACGAGGCCUUGCUUGCUGCUGCCUGGUGGCCCUAGAUUAGAACCCCUCUCUUCUCCUUCCGGGGCCUGGCUGCUGCUGCUUGGCAUGUGCCUGUGCCACCUCUGAGGGGGCUCCUGCUGCCUGCUCUUCCAGCCUGUUUCCACGGCCCUGCCUGCAGCAGAGGCCUGCUGCCGCCUGUGCUCUGCCCUGCUCUUUGCAGCAAACACGAAACUUGCCAUGGCAGUCCACAGCCAUGGCUUUUUUGCUCAUCAGAGAGUCCUUCCUCUCUCUUCCCCACCCGGCACCCGCCUUCUGUGUAUUAAAGGCAGAUGGUGUCCUCAGCCUCGCACUCAGGGACCUGCCAGUGCCCAAGCUGGUGUGUUUCUACCACAGAGGCGUGGUUCUCCUGAGUACGGCAAAUCUAGAGCUGCCCAGGUCUGGAGACUCCCACAUGGUGGCAGAGGGUACGGCCCUGGGACCAGCAGAGCAGGUAGGCUCCUAGCCUGGCCUGCAGUCUGGACAACUCAAUGACCGUCCCUGGGGCUGUGUCACAAAGGCCCAGAAACCAGGUGGCUGCAAAGUGACAAAUCUUUUCUCAUAGUUCUGGAAGUCAGAGUUCAGAAACCAGGUGCUUGCAAGGAGGUGCUCGGAGCCAGGCUGGAGGAGGGCGCUUCCUGCCAACUCUAUCUCUAGGCAUUCCUUGCCGGGAGGGAGGGACUGUGUCACUUCAGUCUUCCUGUCCUGACUCCACAUGACCUCCGUCCCAUAGCUUGUCUUCCUUUCAUCAACACCCAGGGCUACAUUCAGGCUCUCCCUUAAAUGCAGGACGUCAGCACAUCUGCUAAGGGGACCUGUGAACUGGCACACUGACAGCUGCCAGAGGCCAGGGUGUGUGUGUCUUUUGGGGAUCACAGUGAGGCUUGCUGUGACAACCCAUGGGUUUGGACACCGUUAACAGCCUCUCUGUGUCCCUGCGGUGAAGGGUUGGCACUUGUUUUCAUGGCUGGCCAACAAGGCCCCCCUUUCCACCUGCCAGCAGCUGACUUGGAACCAGCAGCCUGGCAAACAGCUGGCCUUCUGCCUUGGCCCAGUGCUGGGAGCCCCGUGUGGCCAUGCAUGGCCUUGGGAUGGUGCCAAAAUGGAGCAGGUGGACACAGGGCCCCAUCAAACAGCAAGCUCCCCUCUCCACAGCAUGGAGGCCAUUGGGAGAGAGAGGCCGUCGCCUGGCAGUGGGGGCCUGGAAGGGAUGCAUCAGCCCCACUCAAGGGCCACUGGCUGGCUGCUUUCCUGUCCUAUGGCCUGGGUACGCUUGAUCCACAGCUGGCCUGGCCACCGUGGAGAAAAAGGCAGCAUUCGCUCUGGUGCCUCUGCUCCCGCCUGCUUUGAGAGCUCUUAUGUAGGCCAGGCUGAUCUUGAACUCACUAUCUGAAUAAGCCUGACCUUGAGUUCCUCAUCCUUCUGACUCCACUUCCUGAAUGCUGGGAUCACAGGUGUGCCCCAAUACCCCUGACCUUUUAAAAUGUUACUAUAUGUUAACUAUGUACAAUAAAGUUUCCUUACGACGUUUGCA